AUGCUGACGUCAUCACCACGCGCCGCUGGACCUGCUCGUUGGCGUCUUCAGUCUUUUGUUUUCCUCCUCCAGCUCCCCGGUGGGUGUGUGAGUGUCAGGCCGGUGUCCAGAGCUCCUCACGGCCGCCUGCAGAGUCAUGGAGCCCGGGGAGAGCGCGGAGGACAGGCCGGCGGCAGGAGCUCUGUCCGCGGCUCAGCGCAGAGCCGAGAUCCGCAGAAGAAAACUGCUCCAGAACUCAGAGGUUCGGAUGCAGAGGAUCGUGGGCCAGAACCAAGAGGUUCGGAUGCAGAGGAUCGUGGGCCAAGCCACGGACCCUGA